AUGGUAACCGAAGCUAUUUAUAAAGAAUCAAGCGAAUGUCCAGGUGGUCUUAAAUGGAGUAAAAGAGGUACGACAAUUAUUGGCAAUGGUUUGGGUUCAGGCCCAGAUCAAUUAAAUCUUCCAGAUGGUAUAUUUAUCGAACUGAAAACACAAAUUUUGUACGUUGCAGAUAUGUCCAAUAGUCGCAUUCAAAAGCGGUAUCAAAAUGGUGUUAUAAAAACAGCUGCUGGCCAGUCAAAUGGAACCAGUGGAAAAGCAGCAAAUAUGCUAUCAGGCCCGGCAGAUGUAUUUGCAGAUGAAAAUGAAAAUAUCUUUAUUGCUGAUUGGGGUAAUCAACGAAUUCAAUAUUGGGAAAAAGAUGCUAAAUUUGGGAAAACAAUCGCAGGAAAUGGUAGUCAGGGUUCAGCAUUAAAUGAAUUUAGUUUUCCAAGUACAGUUUUCUUUGAUUCCAAGAAAAAUAUAAUAGGUGGCAAUGGUGCUGGUCUCAAUCCAUAUCAAUUGAAUGGUCCAACUGGUUUAUAUUACGAUGAACAAAAUCAAAUAUUGUACAUAUCGAAUGAACAAUCACACUCAAUAACACAGUGGGUUCUUGGAAGUUAUGAACCACGUAAUAUUUAUGCUGGUAUACCCGGAAGACCUGGAAAUAGUGCAGCACAAUUGUUUUAUCCAGAAGGUAUAACUAUGGAUAAAUAUGGUAACUUAUAUGUUGCCGAUACUUCUAAUCAUCGAAUACAAAUGUUUUGUCCAAAUGCUAUACAGGGUAUUACAAUUGCAGGUACAGGUCAACUUGGCAAUAGUAGUAUUGAAUUGAGUUAUCCUGGUGACAUUGCAUUUGAUUCAGAACUAAAUUUAUAUGUUUCGGAUAGAUAUAAUAGUCGCAUACAAAAGUUUCGAAGAACUCAAUGA